CUAAGUAAAGCCACGUGGUUUGGCCCGGACUCUUUUUCUCUCGCUGUCUGUCUUUUCUUCUCUUUUCUCCAGCGCAGAAAAUCCUUAAAUUUGGUGCCGAAACCCGGGAGGGGAGUCUUGGCUGGGCAGGCCUGCCACAGGGCCGUGGUCGCUCCGUCCCCUCUCGUGUCUUCCAGACCUCGGACUGGGACCUCCACUGGACGCCAGUCGACUAAUUGGCCUGGGUAAGUCCCUCUGCCCUUGUGUUCCUAGCCCAAUGCGUCCAUUCCAGGGUCUCUGUCCAUAAAACCUUGGGCCCAAGUCAAAGAUCCUCCAUCCAUAAGGCCCUGAGCAUCUCAGGGACGCCUGAGCCCCUCAGUCAGUCCUUCCAUCCGUAAGGAUUCAUAAGACACUUGAGUGCCUCAUGGAUGCCUGAUCCACUCAGUCGGUCCUUUCCAAGGCUCAGAGCCUUCUCUGCAAGGCCUGAUCGGUGACCUGGGACGCAGCCUCCCGGUUCUCCUCCUUCUCUCAUUGGAUUAGGACACCAUGGGUAGUCAAUCUUCCAAAAUCAAAUCUAACACACCUCUGGGCUCUCUAUUAGCCAAUCUUGCAGCCCUGGGCCUCAAGUCUGAUAUUCAGCCCAAGCAACUCAUUUUCUAUUGUAACACCGCCUGACCAAUGUACAAAUUAGGCAAUGGGUAACAGCGGCCAAAACAUGGGAUGUUCAAUUUCAAAAUCUUACAAGAUCUUGAUAACUUUUGUCACCAAAAUGGCAAAUGGUGGGAGAUCCCUUAUGUCCAGGCUUUCUUCUAUCUGCGCUCCCGUCCUUCCCUCUGUCAGACCUGUGACCUGUCACAAAUCCUCCUUGCUGAGUCCUCCACCGUCCUUGGCCUCUUCCACCUCUCAGCCAAAAGACCCGUUAGAAACCUCUUCCGCCUUCUCUGACCCACCUGACUCCCUUACCUCUCCCCCUGAUCAGCUUCCACCAUAUCUAGUUCCUUCUCCUACUCCUAGUGCCCCGCCGUCCUCCGCUACUGCUCGCGCUGGCUCUCUGCCAACGUCCCCUGCUAGUCACCACACUCGAUCCCAUGCAGGGCCAUCAGGCCAAACCCUUCUCUGGCCCCUGAGAGAGGUAGCCAGUCCCGAAGGGGUCCCAGACAUCCAUGUUCCUUUCUCCCUUUUUGCUCUCUCUCAUAUUGAAAAGCGUUUAGGCUCCUUUACUAACGACCCCACGGCCUACACCAAAGAGUCCCACUAUCUUACCAUUUUUGUUAUUCUGGCUUCUACUCUUACUACUGAUGAAAAGCAACGUGUCUAGAUGGCGGCUCAGGGACAUGCCGACCAAGUCCACCUAACAGUCCACACCAUGCAGGUCGGGGCCGAGGCUGUCCCACGCGGUGAGCCAGGGUGGGAAUACCAGCCAGACACCCCUGCCGGCUGAGAUGGUAGAAGGCUGAGAUGGUAGAACCCGCUGAGAUUGCAGGCUGCAAUGCAUUCUUGCUGGCCUCCAGGCCGCUGCCCAUCGGGCCAUUAAUUAUGAUAAGCUUAGAGAAAUCACUCAGAAGCCAGAUGAGAAUCCCACGGCCUUCCUGAGCCGCCCUACGGAUGCUCUCAUCCAGUAUACCCGCUUGGACCCCACUUCCCCAGCUGGGACCACCGUCCUUGUAACUCUCUUUAUCUCCCAGUCCUCCUCUGACAUUAGAUGCAAACUUAAAAAGGCAGAAGGCCCUCGGACCCCCAUUAGAGACCUGGUGAACAUGGCAUUUAAAAUCUUUAAUUCCCGAGAUAAACAGGCAGAGGCCCAAAAGGAAGCCUGUGUCCACCAAAAGGACACCUGCAAGCCCAAGCCUUGGUUGUAGCCCUGUGGCCGGCGAGGCCUGAAACACCCUGGACCUCGUCUAAAGCAACCAGCCGCGCUCCGCCCUGCACCAGCUUCAAUGUGGUAAGGGAGGCCACUGGGCCAGCCGGUGCCCGCAGCCACAUCUACCCACUAUCCUUUGUCCGGCCUGUGGUCAAGAGGGACACUGGAAGAGGGAUUGUCACUUGCACAAAGGUCUGGAGUGUCAGUCUUUCCACCCCCAGACCUGCCGUUGAUUGUUUUGGGCUUGGCUGCAGAAGACUGACAAAGCCCCGUCUCUGGGAGACCCUGAUCACCCUCGCUGAGCCCAGGGUAACAAUCAAGGUAGUGGGUAAGGCAGUGUCCUUUCUGGUCGACACGGGGGCUACCUACUCUCUCCUGCCUUCUUUUCAAGCCCUACUUAUCCUUCCCAGGUGUUGGUUAUGGGUAUUGAUGGCAAUUCUUCAUGGCCCCCUACUACUGGUCCACUAACCUGUCUAAUAGAUGACCGUCCCAUCAUCCAUUCCUUCCUUAUCAUGUCCUCACCCAGCCUAUGGGCUCCUAGAUCCCACCCACCUGUAUUCCAGUGGCUUAUUUAGCCAAACAACUACACACCCUGCUCUGUGGCUGGCCACCUAGCCUUAGGGCAAUGAGCGUGGCAGCCUCUUGCCAGAUAAGCACUAAAGCUUUCCCUUGGACAGGAUCUACAUGUCUUUUUAUACUCUAGCCUUCCUAAACUCCUGAAAUGGCCCCUCAAUUAACUCUAUAUGGUGAGUCUGAAUUCAGGUGGCUUCUCCCAAGGCCCUGGCCGAGACAAGACAUAUUUUAAACCUGUCAUGAUGGGUCUCAGCUUGGCCUCUUCCACUGAGGCCUCAAGGCUAGCGACAGGUGUCCUGGGCCACAGUAUUAUAUCUGCCCAAGAUUUUGCAGAUCUGCUCAUGGCCAGAAAAAGAGAAACCUGUCUUUUCCUUCAUGAAGAAUGCUGCUGCUAUGUCAAUGAAUCGGGCCUUGUGGAGCAGAACACAGACAAGCUCACCAACCUGAGCAAAGGCCGGCACAACCGCUACUGCCAGGAUGUAUGUCCCUUGGGCUGGAUGCAGUCCCCUUUGCCUGCCUACCCAUUACCACUAAUAGGACCCGUCGUCAUCAUCUGCCUAAUCUUUCUCUUUGCUCCCUGUGUUUUACAGUUCCUCCAGUGCUGCCUACAAGAGCU